AGAUGUCCCCUUCGGGGUGACAUACGAAAAAAUUGGAACGAUACAGAGAAGAUUAGCAUGGCCCCUGCACAAGGAUGACACGCUUUCCCGGAGUGGUAGACCUACGGGUCUCAAUAUUUAUUUUGUUCUUCGCCACUGUAAUCAUACUAGCGCGACGGCGGGCUGCAGGUCGGGUUUCCGACGCCGACGCCACUGCUUGUCUUGAACCAUCGAACUCCAUCGACCAUCCCAGUGAUGCAGCAACAGUUAAAAUGCAUUGCUGAAGCCGGACAGCGGCUUUGGACGCUGCGUCACGCUGGUAACCGGUGUCCCGCUACACUCAAUCAUGUACGGCGUUCGUCGUCUAUCCGGACUCUACAAGAUGCCUUCCGCGAUCCAAACUCGCCGUUUCACCUUCCACCUGGUACGAUAGGGCCCGACUCUCCGGACCCACCGCCGGAGCUGCUGGCAGAGUUCCUGCACACGAAGGCGCAGGCAGAGACGGUCUCUCCGGAAGAGGAGGCUCGUGCGCAGCUGUCUGAGAUGGGGUAUGACCCGAGCAGCUUUUGGGAGCAGAAGAUUGUGUGGGGAGACCACGAUGCCUUCCAGCAUGUGAACAACGUCCGCUAUGUACGCUUCUUCGAGUCGUCGCGCAUCGAAUGGAUGGUCUCUCUUGCGCAGGAGAUUGGUGGCCCGCAACGCGAGGCAGACAUGCUUGCAGGUCGGGGCAUCUCGCUCAUCCUGAAGUCCAUCUCGAUCGACUACAAGCGGCCGGUCGUCUACCCCGAUACCCUCCUCGUCGCGCACAAGCCGCACCUAGGCUCGUCGGCGUCAGCGGACUCGUCCAAGCGCCUGCCCAAGACCCACUUCUACUUGAAGGGCGCCGUAUGGUCGUACGCGCAGCGCAGGAUCGUAACGGAGUGCGACUCGGUACUCGUCUGGUAUAAUUAUGAUAAGCUGGCGAAGUGUGAUCCGGGCGAGGAGGCGCGGGUCGCAUUGAAGGGGAGGAUGUGUCUGGGUGCUUGAGCACAAUCGGCAUAUUGGAGGGCUUGUGAGCAUAGGUGUGUUGCUUGCGUCUAGCCAUGUACAAUCCCGCAUUACGAGCCCUGUUGACACCAUUCGAGAGAAUGCUGUACAGUACUUGCUUACGGUCUGAAUUCCGCUUACAGGGAAAGUUGCCAUUUGACCGGCCGUCCUCUGCCUGCGUCUUCAUGUUGGGUUCCCUUCCGAAUGCAAAAGUUACAAUUGUUUAUGUCCAACAUUUCGACCUGAUCUCAAUCGCAUAUUCAUUCUGUCCAGUGGACUCGAAA